ACAAAAUACAUAUAGUCAACUACAAGAGGUCCUCUGCACUCAACCCAUUAUCAAUAUAUUUAAGACAGAGACAUUUACGAAUUUACGGAUACGAACGACAGCCUGUGAAGUCCCUCCGUUAUUGUGGAAACUUUCUUGAGUUGCUCUUUUUUUGCCCUUGCUGCAAUAUUGAUUAGAACCCCCCUCACCACUGCCUUGUGGGCGUCCCAUCUAACAGCUAAGGAGGUGUCUUUGGGAUCAUUUUCUUUGAAGUAAUCUAUCAGGGUUUUUUGUACAGUUGCACAAGUUGUUUGGUCUAGAAAAAGUGAGUCAUUUAGCUUCCAGUUGCUUCUGCCCCUUACAGCAUCCCAUCGAUCAAACACAUGAUCCGACCAUGUUAUGUCAUGUAUUUUGGCUGCCCCCACUAUAGCAACCUGAGUUGAAUUAGUAAACAGAAAGUCAAUGCGGGAAUAUGAAUUAUGCACUGAAGAAAAGUAUAAUCCCUGUGUAAUCCCUGUCCAGGGGGUGCUUUUCCCUCCGUAUAUCCACCAGAGCCAAGUUCCUCAGAUGUUUCGUUAAGCGUUUGGUAUCUGACGAUGUCUUGCAGCCAAGGAGUCUCUGGUUCUAUCUAGGUUGUUCUGUAGAAUUGUGUUAAAAUCUCCCCCUAUUAUCAACCUGCCUUCCUUGACCUCUGCCAGCUUCUCAAAAAACGUCAGAAAAAACGUUGUCUUUUUAGUGUUUGGUGCGUAUACUGAGGCCAUAGUGACCAUUUGGUUUUGCAGCAGGCCAGUAACUAUCACAUAACGACCUUCCUGAUCUAUAUAUUUUCGUUGCAGUUGAAAUUUCACAUGUUUGUGAAUUAAGAUGGCCACUCCUUUUGAUUUUGUGUCUCCAUUAGAUUGAUAGCAGUUGGUGUAUGCUUUAGACAUAUACUUAGGGAAAGAGCUGCGUGAGAAAUGAGUCUCUUGUAACAAAAUUAUGUCUGCUCUCAUUUUAGCAUAAUCAGUGAGCGCUAUUUUCCUUUUAUUUGGUGAGUUAAGCCCUCUAACAUUAUGUGUUAUCACUUUCAGAUGGAAUGGGCGAUUCAGUUCAUGAUCACUGUCGUGACUCACGGUUGGCUCCUCUGUCAUUGUGUGUGUGGGUAAGGGUAUAACUGGGGAAGUGUCCACUGUUUACAGUAUAGAAAAGAGUAAGGGGAGAGAAUGGAAAAUAAGAGAGAAGAAAGGAAGAAGAAGGUGAAGGAAAGGGGACCCGGAGUAGUACAGUAACUCUGGGUAUCGUGAGAUCCACUAUCUGGAUACAAAGUAGGUUGUGUCCAGUGGGAGUCCCCAAAUUGAAGUGAGGCUAAUAGAUUGGCUGUUGGGUAUGCCCUCCCCCCAGCCCCAUGUUGUAUGCAGAUUUAAACAUCAUGUAAUCAUUCAAUUAUGCAACAAGAAAAUUAUACAGAUAUAGCAAAAUAGAGAAAGAAAAAUUAAAGUUAACUUAUACAAACGAUUCAAAUGAAAAACCUGAAAGUCCGCCAUCUGGGUGAAGGGAAUCUCAUCUGCCUUCCAUGUCACAUCUCCAGAUAGAUGGGUGUAAGUCUGUUUCCUCCUAUAUAGUUUUAUUCAGAAAUGAGAAAGAAAAAAAAGCCUGUUCUUGGGACUUCUACAAACAUCUCUUUAGGCUAGUUUUUCCUUUGUGUGAUCCAUAUAAGCUACAUAGGUAAGGGGUCAAAUUAGGUCAUGUCCAUCUUUUGUUGUUUGGUUGUCUUCAAUAACUUCGAAUAUUGCAGUCAGACUAUUGUUCCCCUUCUCUGGGCGGCUCUUGAGUUCCUUCCAAAUGUUUAAGGGCCUCUGCAAUGUCAGUUGGGUCUCGGAGAGUAUAUGUAAUGCCGUCGCAGGUGUAGAUAAGUUUAAAGGGGAAACCCCACUUGUAGGGGAUGCCCUUGAGGCGUAGCUCCUCUGUAAGCUGUUUCAUCUCUCUCCUUUUUUGUAAGGUGGAUGGAGCAAGAUCCGUGUAGAAUUGUGGUUUAAUUCCAUCCAGUUCUAUUGGGUUUUUCCAGGCCACGUUGAGUAUUGCUUCUUUUGUGCGGAAGUAGUGAAAGCGCACGAUUAUAUCUCUAGGGGGUGCAUUGUUCUUUGGUCGUGCUCUGAGUGCUCUGUGAGCUCUGUCCAUCAGUAGAUCACUUGCCUGCAUGUCUGGAAUCAGUUGUUUAAAGUAUUGUUUCAGGAAAGAUUCUAGUUGAACCGUUUCAGGGACAUUUCUGAUGCGUAUAUUGUUCCGUCUAGACCGAUUCUGAAGAGACGUCUGGCUUGGGGGAUAGUGUUAACUGUGCCUUAUCUGUAAUUCCCUGUUGUACACACCCUGCAGGUGCAGGCAAUAUUCAGGCCUGCGUGGGGUACUGUCCAGUGAGGCCUACAAGGUGUGGAAGUGUCGCCAAAUGUGCCUCCAAAUGGAGGGAUGGUAACGAUGCUUAUUGGGAUACCGCGUCUCUGGUAAUAGUGUGCAUACGGGGAAUUGCUUGAAGUGCAGUGGGACCGGCCGUAUUUUAGGCCUACGCGGUAGGGAGAGUGGCGUCGGUAGGAGGGGUGGGGGUCCGUGUGGCCUCUUACCAGGUAUGCUUUUAGGCCGACAUGGCGUUCCAUACUCCUUUCCCGGUUGUGAGGAACCGCCAGCUAUUGUCCGUUAAAUUGACUCCCUCUAUGUGCGGCAGCGCCACUCCUGCAUUAGAGCAAGCUAGGGUGCGACGCGGUCACUGCCUCUGUGGCUACACGGCCCUCAUGCUGGCUCUAGGCCGCUGGUUGGCUAUGACAACGGCGAGCUCCGUACCCCAGUGCCGAUUUCUGACUCCUCUCCCCCUUAUCGGUAUUAGGUCCAGGCUUGGUGUAUCGUUUGUGGCUAAUUAUUGCUUAAUUGAUGGCUACUGGGGCUGAGGGAGAGCGGAGCUCCCAAGUUAUGCUGCCAUUUUGGUCAGCGCACAAGCCACACCCUUGAUCCCAUUGUUUAUUUUUAUUGCUUAUGUGUUUCUCUUGCCAGAAUCUCUCUAUGCUCGGGUCUACAGUCUGUUCUUCCAGAUGCUUUGGGAGAACAGACUGAACCCAGUAAAAAGAGGGGUAACAUUCCUGCAGAGGAAAGAAGGAGGUUUAGGGAUGGUUUGUCCAAUCACCUUCUUUGGCACAAUUUUCCUUAAAUUCAACUUUGGGAACCUGGGUCAAAGGACGUGUUCUCUGUGGGAAAACUGUGUCAGGUCCUGGGUUUCGCCUUUUAUCAGAGACUGGAUGGAGGGCGGUAGAGUGAAGGGGGUCUGGAUAAGGGAGGGUGGGUUUCCGCAGCACAUUCUUCUGGGGUUAAAACUUCUUAAGAAGUGGAACUUGAGUUUUAGGGACAUGGAAAAUCAUCAUCAUCAUCAUUUAUUUAUAUAGCGCUGUCAAGAUACGCAGUGAAAAUCUCCCUAGAAAGGAAUUAUAUAGAUUGGUGCUUAAUUCCUUUUUUACUUCUGCACUGAUUUUGAAAGAUUUCCCUACGAUAAGUAUGGGGGAUUGCAUUCAAUUUUUGAAUGGUCAUCGGCUUCCUGGGAAGCUUUUCGACAAUGCAUGGCUGGCAUUACAGGGAAAACUUUUCUUAAGGGGAAAUGUGAGCUAUCUCAAUAUUGUUGAAAGAUUCUGUCCUUGGGGGUGUGGAGAAGAAGAAACUACAGACCAUUUUUUGAUAAACUGCUCCGUUUCCCACAAUCUUUAUGAUCAUGUCCUGACAAUACUGGCUAUUAAGGGCCUUUGUAGGGGAAUUUAUGAGGAAAGGGCCUAUGGUAUCAUUAGCAGGAAACAUUCAUUGGAGAAAGAAAAACUUUUUAUUAUUUUUUCUGUAAUUCGUUAUCACUUAUGGAUGAGUAGGUGUGGCAAAACCUUUGGGAGGGAGGAAGGAACCAUGGAUCUGACUGUUAAGAAAAUUCUUAAGGAUUUGUAUUUCAUCAGAUUUAAAGAAAUUAGUAAAAAUAAAGAAAAUAUUAACUUUGUGGAGGGGAAUUAAUUUUACAUGGGAAAUUUCUUUUGAUGAUAUUUAAUUUGCUUUAUGUAUAAAUUGUUCAUAAUCUGCCUAUGAUUUGAAAAUUUAAAGAUUGGUGUAUUUUGUUUUUGCUAAUGUUUUUAUUUAAAUUGUUUAAUAAAAAUCCCUAUCUGAUCCACAAAGUGAGCACACAGUUUUGUGGAGCUCCUGUGUGGUGCAAUUUCCCCUGGCCCUCUAAGGGUCUGGGGGCAGCUUUUUCCCUGUUUUUGGGAACUUAUUUCCAGCCUUUUCAUAAUUUUGUAUAAAAUGGAAAGUAGAGUUUCGUUCCGUGUGAAGAAAGAAAAAGUAGUUGCAGAAAGGAAAGGAUUGAGACAGAAAAUGGAGGUGGAGAAAAGUACAAGCAAAGCUAAAACAGCAGGAAUAAGGUGGAAUAUAAGAGAGACAGUGAAAGUAGUGUGGAAGAGGAACUGAUGGAAACAAACUCUCAAGCCAUGUCAGAUGAUUUGGAAGGAACUCCAGCUUUAUUGUCUGAUAUGGAUGUUUUCACAAACAAGCACAAGUAUCCCUUUAAGCAUGCCCCCUUUACUUUUUCUGCCUCCGGAAACCUCUCAGAACAGUUUGAUGCGACAGUGACAGCGUUGGUAGGCGACAGUGGAGAAUCUGAGACCCAUGAGCGGGACUUUCAGUGUUGGUGUGGAGAAGACGGCAGUAAUGGCGGCAGGUGAGACAGAGCAGACCUGUGAUGUGAGGGGCAAAGGGUGCUGUGCAAAUACACGGAGACUGUGUUACUGCAGAGAGUAAAGACAUUGCUUUUUGUGUUGAUUCCACACGGAUUGUUGCAGCUUUAAAGGCUAUGGACUCACUUAGAGAGAGAAAAGGUAAACUAGAAAAAGACAUUGAGCUGGAAAUUGCAAACCUUACAUUUACUAAAGGAUUGUUAAGAACUUUAAGAAUAAGAAAGCUGGCAGAGAAAAAAAAAGAGUUGGAGGAGAUUAAUGAAGAAAUAGGAAAAAUUAUGCCAAUUAUUAAACCCUGGGAAGAGACUUUUCAAAAUAAAGAUCGUUUUGAUGAAAUGAAAAGAACUGCAGAAAAAGUGAAACCUGUUGCAGCUGCGCAUUUGGACUCUGGGCAUAUGGGGGAGGGAGCAGAGAAAACACAAACUGUUAUUGUUGUUUCUACACCUGUCCCUUCUGUUCCUAACCCUAAUUGCUCUGACUCUAACCUUAUUGCUUCUAAUUCUACUGCUACAAACACCAACCUUUCCAACUUAAAUCCUAAUGUUUCUGCUACUGGUGGGAUUGCUCUGCUAAUGCCUUCUGGCAAUGGAGUGGUUAAUGCAGUGAGUGGGGGAGGUGGGGAAGUUAAUUCUGCUGAGCAAAAUCAAAGGGCUGCACAGGUAAAUAAUGAUGCAGGUGAUGUGCAACAGGGAAGUAAAAGUUUUUGGGAGAAGAGGAGGAACCCAUGUAUGAUGGCACUGUGUUUAAAUGAAGGAAUGUUGUUAAAAUUAAAUGGGAAGGAGAAAAGGAAAAGUGCCCAGGUAGUAAUAAAGUUGUUUCAAUUUGUCGCAAGAUUUGGACAGAUUUUGGAAUCAAUAUCAGGAAAAGAGAACAUCCUCAGUGUGGGAAGGUUUCAGAGCAAUCCCAGUUUCAAAACCUGAUGUUAAGAUGGUGACUAUUAUUUUUAAAAAUGAGUCUAUACCUCCUGAGGAUGUUCUGGUUUGGUUAAGAAGACAAUGCACUGUCCAAACAUCUUUAAGACAAAUCUAUAAUGAGGAGGGAUUUUGGGUAGUGGGAUGGAAGUUAAAUUGAAUGUUCAUAACAAUGUGACUCAGCAUCUCCCAAAUUCCUUUUUCAUUGGGAAAGAGAGGGGGGUUUGUUUUUAUCCAGGGCAGCCCCCUCAGUGUUUCAAGUGCGGCUCAAGAAGACAUUUGGCAGGAGAUUGUACAGUGAAACUUUGUGCGGGGCCCAGGGGCAUCUUAGCAAAGAAUGUGAUAAGGUCAUUGGACUCCUCAAUGUUUUUACAUCAGCCACAUCGUUUAAUGACUUCCAUAACUUCUAUCUAGUGAUGCCAUACAUGCAGAUUGAUUUGCAGAAAAUAAUGGGACACCACCUGUCUGAAGAUAAAGUUCAGUACCUGGUAUAUCAGAUGCUGUGUGGUCUCAAGUACAUUCAUGCAGCAGGGAUCAUUCAUAGGGAUUUAAAACCUGGCAACCUAGCAGUGAAUGAAGACUGUGAGUUAAAGAUAUUAGACUUUGGACUGGCACGGCAUGCAGAUGCAGAGAUGACUGGAUAUGUAGUGACACGCUGGUACAGGGCACCAGAAGUCAUUCUCAACUGGAUGCAUUAUAAUAAAACAGUGGAUAUUUGGUCAGUUGGCUGUAUCAUGGGAGAAAUGCUAACUGGGAAAACCCUCUUCAAAGGAAAAGACUAUUUGGACCAACUCACACAAAUCCUAAAAGUGAUUGGAGUACCAGGGCCAGAAUUCAUUCAGAAGUUGGAAGACAUGGCAGCUAAGAAAUACAUUCAGUCACUACCAAAAAUACCAAAGAAGGAAUUUCCCUUGUUGUUUCCAAAUGCAAGUGAUUUAGGAAAACUGUCUACACAUGAUAAGCGAUUUGGAGAGAUUGAAGACGCAGUUUCUCAAGAAGAAACAAUUGAUUCUCUAUCCAGGAUUGACUCUUUAGAGAAACAAACUCAAGAGCUAAAGUUAAAACUUGAUGAUUUGGAAAAUAGAUCUAGGAGAAACAAUCUCAGAUUUAUUAACAUUCCAGAUUCUUAUCAGAAUGACUCUUUAUAUGCUCUGAUCUCUAAAACAAUUCCUCUCAAGCUUGGUCUCCCUCAAGAAUGCUACAAUGUUAAGAUAGAAAGACUCCAUAGAAUUGGACCUCCUAAAAUAUUACAUCCCAUGAGACCAAGGGCUGUGAUUGUAAAAUAUCUGGACUAUUGUGACAAGAACAGACUAUUUCAAGCCUAUAAAAAAACCACAUACACUAGAAGUGGAAGGAAAUAAAAUAUUGAUAUUUCAAGAUUACUCGUUGCUUCUUUCCCAAAAACAAAGGGAAUUUUCCCAAACUUGACAGUCUCUGUCCAAUUUACAUAUCUAUU